AUGGAAAAGUUUAAUCACACUGUGACUGAGUUCAUACUGGUGGGUUUCACCUGGAAUCCUGUGAUGCAGCUGGUGCUCUUUGUGCUUUUCCUCAUGGUGUACUCUGUGACAGUGGUAGGGAACAUCACUUUGAUAGUGUUAAUCUGUACAGAUUCCCCACUGCACACUCCCAUGUAUUUCUUCAUUGGAAACUUGUCUUUUCUGGACCUCUGGUAUUCCACUGUUUAUACCCCCAAAAUGAUGGUAACCUGUAUUUCUGAGGACAAGAGCAUCUCCUUUGCUGGGUGUGUGGCUCAGUUCUUCUUCUCAGGUGGCCUGGCAUAUAGUGAAUGCUACCUGUUGGCUGCCAUGGCAUAUGAUCGCUAUAUGGCCAUCUCAAAACCACUACUCUAUGCUCAAGUCAUGACUCAAAGGGUCUGUAUGGGUCUUGUAGCAGCUUCGUAUCUUGGAGCCUUUGUUAUCUGUGGCAUCUUUACACAUGAAACAUUCACCAUGACUUUCUGUGGGGAUAAUGUCAUUGAUGACUUCUUCUGUGACCUACCACCCCUGGUGAAGCUGGCAUGUGAUGUGAAAGACAAUUACCACAUUUUUCUUUAUUUUGUGUUAGCUUCCAAUGUUCUUACACCCAUUAUGUUCAUCCUGGCCUCUUAUCUUUUCAUCAUUGCUGCCAUCUUGAGGAUUCGCUCCACCCAGGGUCAACUCAAAGCCUUCUCUACUUGCUCUUCUCACUUGAUCUCUGUCACGUUAUAUUUUGGCUCCAUUCUUUACAUUUAUUACCGUCCCAAAUCCAGCUAUUCUCUGGAGCAGGACAAGAUUGUCUUCUUAUUUUAUACUGUGGUCUUCCCCAUGUUGAACCCCAUGAUCUACGGUCUGAGGAACAAAGAUGUGAAAGAAGCCCUGAGGAAACUCUUAAAGAUGACAGCUUCCUGA